UUAAACAUAUUGCUGGCUGGCAUGAACCCCUUCUACUUCCAUGCAGUGAAUGUAAUUUUACACUGCCUAGUGACCCUUGUGCUGAUGUACACUUGUGACAAAGCUGUGUUCAAGGACUGUCGACUUGCUUUUGUCACGGCGCUGUUCUUUGCUGUGCAUCCCAUUCACACCGAGGCUGUAACAGGUAUAGUAGGCAGAGCAGAUGUCCUAGCCUGCCUACUCUUUCUGUUGGCUUUUCUCUCCUAUAAUAGGAGUGUGGAUCAGCUUUAUGUUGGGGAACAUUUCCCUCCCACUGCCUCCCCAUUCUUUUUGCUGCUUAGUUUAUUCCUUGGGACGUGUGCAAUGCUGGUGAAAGAAACUGGAGUCACUGUGUUUGGUGUGUGCUUGGUUUAUGACUUCUUUUUGCUCUCCUGCAAUGGACUCAAACUGAGAAAUGGGGGGAUCCUCCAGAGACCUGCCCGGCAGCCCGUGGCUUCUCCCUCUGCCUCGCUGCAGGUCCCUGCUGCCGCCCGGGAGAACGGGAAGCAUCGCUUUGCUCACCGGGGCGCCUGGAGCUCCUGCCACCCGGCGUCACCUCCGGAGCAGCGGAGCGGGGGCCUUUCUGUGCCCAGCAAAGCCAUCUGGGCCAUUCGGAGCUACCUGACUGCAAAUAACAACCAGAAUUUCUUGUAUACUGCAAGGCCCUUUUUGAAGAGAGCUGCUUUGGUGAUAAGCUAUGUGAUCCUCGUGUUGUAUUUCCGCCUCUGGAUAAUGGGAGGAUCCAUGCCCAUGUUUUCGGAGCAGGACAAUCCAGCUUCAUUCUCACCAUAUUUCCUGACGAGGUUCCUAACUUAUUCCUAUCUUCUGGCCUUCAAUGCUUGGCUUCUGCUGGCACCGAUCACCCUAUGCUACGACUGGCAGGUCGGCAGCAUCCCUUUGAUUGAGUCCAUUUGGGAUGCCAGGAACUUAGCCACAGUGUUCCUGGUGCUGGUGAUGGCAUUGCUCAGCCUACACUGCAUAGCUGCAUUCAAGAAACUGGAACACAAAGAAGUUUUGGUUGGCUUGUUGUUCCUGAUUUUCCCGUUCAUCCCAGCCAGCAACCUCUUCUUCAGGGUGGGAUUUGUGGUGGCAGAGCGAGUCCUUUACAUGCCGAGUAUGGGGUACUGCAUCCUUUUUGUCCAUGGUCUGAAAAAGCUGUCUACAUGGUUAAAUAAGUGGAGCAUUACUAUUCUGACCCUCUUUGCUUUACUGUUGCUGCUCUUCUCCUGGAAGACGGUGAAACAGAACGAAAUCUGGUUGUCACGAGAAUCCCUUUUCAGCUCAGGAGUGAAGACCCUGCCCCACAACGCCAAGGUGCACUACAACUAUGCCAAUUUUCUGAAAGACCAGGGCCGUAAUGCCGAGGCCAUCUACCACUACAAAACUGCUCUCAAACUGUACCCUCGUCAUGCAAGUGCUCUCAACAACUUGGGGACGUUGACCAAAGACGUGGUGGAGGCCAAGGACUACUACAGACGAGCCCUUCAGUUAAACCCUCAGCACAAUCGAGCUCUCUUCAAUCUUGGCAACCUGCUCAAGUCCCAAGGGAAGAAGGAAGAAGCUGUCAUCUUACUGCGGGACUCCAUUAAGUAUGGCCCAGAGUUUGCAGAUGCUUACUCAAGCCUGGCCUCGCUGCUGGCUGAGCAGGAACGGCUUAAGGAAGCAGAGGAGGUCUAUAAGGCUGGCAUAGAAAAUUGUCCUGAGAGCUCUGAUCUGCAUAACAACUAUGGUGUCUUCUUGGUUGAUACCGGGGCUCCUGAGCAAGCUGUGUCCCACUACAGACAGGCCAUCCUGCUGAGCCCCACUCACCAUGUGGCCAUGGUGAACCUGGGCAGGCUUCACCGCUCCCUGAGGCAGAACAGAGAGGCUGAAGUGUGGUAUAAGCGGGCACUGAAGGUAUCCCGGAAGGCUGAAAUCCUGUCCCCUCUAGGGGCUCUGUAUUACAACACGGGGCGGUAUGAAGAAGCAUUGCAGGUGUACAGAGAAGCAGCAUCACUGCAGCCUUCUAACAGAGAGAUCCGACUGGCACUGGCACAAGUUUUAGCAAUGAUGGGACGGACGAAAGAAGCUGAAAAGAUGACAAACCACAUACUCCACGAGGAUGCAGAAUGCCUGGAGUGCUACCGCCUUCUGUCAGCCAUCUACAGCAAACAGGAGCACUACAGCAAGGCACUUGAAGCUAUAGAAAAAGCUCUUCAGCUAAAACCAAAGGAUCCAAAAGUUAUAUCAGAGCUCUUUUUCACUAAAGGAAACCAGCUAAGAGAGCAAAAUCUCCUCGACAAGGCUUUUGAGAGCUAUAAACGGGCUGUGGAGCUCAACCCAGACCAAGCACAGGCCUGGAUGAAUAUGGGAGGCAUUGAGCACAUCAAGGGGAGCUACAUCACUGCCCGUGGCUACUAUGAAAAAGCCUUACAGCUGGUUCCAAACAGCAAGUUGCUGAAAGAGAAUCUGGCGAAACUGGAUCGCUUGGAGAAACGGUUUCAGGAAGUCCAGGAGAAAGACCAAACAUAACAUUCAGUCACCAGUGGAAAGAAACUCAUACCCCUUGGAGAAGAGUAUGGUAGAAGCCUAUUGCUUAAAGUGAUGCUGAAGGAACAUUGCUAGGACUCAGAAUUAUAGAAGGCAGAUUUUGAAUGCAUGCUUAUGUUUGACCAAAGUUACAGGAGACACUCGCCUCCUGUGGGACAUGCUGGAGCAUGAAUGAGAACCUUCCUUUAAUCAAGAUUCAUGUUUAAGCUGAACCCAUUUGAAUCAUACUGGGCGUGCGGGUGGGACGGCUACCUUCAAUAUCUUUGUUAUCAUUGAGGAAACCAUGGAGACAAAGCACUCAUCCAUUGCAGCAGGGGUGAAGUGGCACCUCCUGUUACUCAACAUAGGCUCACCUCAUCCACAUAAAGUACCACUGAUGGGCUUCAUUGCAAGUGCUGCCAGGUCCUUCUGAGCCAGGAACGAUGGUCAUAUUGGUCACAUUAAAAGGUUUCAAGGGGUUAAAGCUGAGGAAAUGGUGGCCACUUCUACAGCUCUAUAUGUGACUUGAAAAUUGUUCUAAAGAAAGGGAAAACGGUAUCUGAAUAUCACCCUGGAAGGAUGAUUCUACAAGUAGGACACAUGAUCCUUUGAGGGAAAACCUCACCUGAAUAUGUUACUUGUAAGAUAAUAUUUUUGUAGUAAUUCAGGCUCAUUAUGUCAGUAUUGUAAAAUAUCAUAUGGCUUUACCCUGUGCCCUCUCCCUGAAGGCCAAAUAAUUACCCUGAAAAAAAUGGAAGCAUCCAAAGGCAAUGGGAAGCUCUAGGAUUACUUGUCCUCUUGUCCAGUCCCCAG